GCGCAGGAUCGGAACCAGGACGCGACGAUCUACGUCGGCAACCUCGACCUCGCGUGCACGGAGGAGAUUCUGUGGGAGGUGUUCGUCCAAGCCGGCCCGGUCGUGAACGUGUACGUCCCGAAGGACCGGGUGUCGAACGCGCACCAGGGAUACGGGUUCGUGGAGUUCGCGAACGAAGAAGACGCCGACUACGCGAUCAAGGUUUUGAACAUGAUCAAACUCCACGGCAAGCCGGUUCGCGUGAACAAGGCGUCGCAGGAUAAAAAAUCAAACGACGUGGGCGCGAACUUGUUCGUCGGGAACCUCGACAGCGAGCUCGACGAGAAACUGCUGUACGACACUUUCAGCGCGUUCGGGGUCGUGAUCACGACCCCGAAGAUCAUGCGCGACCCCGACAGCGGCAACUCGCGAGGGUUCGGAUUCGUGUCCUACGACUCGUUCGAAGCCGCGGACGCCGCGAUCGAGGCGAUGAACGGGCAGUUUUUAUGCAACCGACCGAUAUCCGUCACGUUCGCGUAUAAGAAAGACACGCGCGGGGAGCGGCACGGCACGCCCGCGGAGCGCAUGCUCGCGGCGAACAUGGAGCGGAGCGUCGCGACGCACCGGCCGCACACCAUGUUCAGCGCGGGGCCGGCGCAGCGGCCGGGGCCGGGGCCGGGCGCGCCGCCGCCGGGCGCGGGGCCGCCGGGGCCGCCGGGGAUGGGGAUGCCGCCGCCUCCGGGGAUGAUGGCCCCGCCGCCGGGGAUGAUGCCGCCGCCGAUGGGGAUGAUGCCGCCGCCGCCGAUGGGGAUGAUGCCGCCGCCGAUGGGGAUGAUGCCCGGGCCGCCGCCGGGGAUGAUGCCGCCGCCGCCGGGGUUCGGCGCGCCGCCUCCCGGCAUGAUGAUGCCGCCGCCGCCCGCGCCUCGGUGA